AUGACUGCUCUCCGGAACCCAAAGGGAACAGCCAUUGCAUCGAGAAGGGGGAUGGAGAAAAUCAUCUACGACUUCUACUCUGAUCUCUUCGACAGCCAUGUCCACUUGUCUCCUCACUAUCUGAGGGAAGACGGACACGUCAUUCCAGAUGUUCUCCCGUCCGAAAUACGACAUACUAUCAUGUCGGUAAGAAAUCGUACGGCAGCCAGUCCCGACAGAAUAAGACCAGAACACCUGAAGAGAUUUCCGUCAGUACUCAUCAAUACCUUGGCGAGUCUCUCUACACGUUAUCUGUCGGAAUGCAAGGUUCCUAAGCAGUGUAAGACCAGCAAGACCGUGUUGUUGUAUAAAAAGGGAGAUCCACAUGACAUCGGCAACUAUCGUCCAAUCUGCCUACUGUCCGUCAUCUACAAGCUCUUUACAAGAGUAAUCCUUAAUAGGUUUGAAAAAGUCUUGGAUGAAGGACAGCCAUGCGAGGAAGCAGGGUUUCGAAAAGGAUUCAGCACGAUUGACCACAUUCACGCUGUUUCGAAACUCAUCACGAGAGUACAAGAUGCCGCUCUGUCUCACCUUCAUCGACUUAAAGAAGGCCUUCGACUCAGCUGA